AGCACUGUGAGCAAGUGUGCAAGGCGGAGAGAGCGAGCGCGAGAGAGAGCGAGCGCGAGAGAGAGAGAAACGGCACUGAUGAUCGACGCCAGGCUGCCACCACUCUGCCGAGGUGAGUGGCUGCAACAAAAGCACAGAAUAACAUCCCGGCUCUCUGCUCUCCUUUUUUCCUCUCCCACUGGCUGCCUGCGUCGUUUGCUAGCUGGCUGUUCUGAACACUCAGAGCCCAGAGGAGAGGACGGAGCGGCUUGCUACAACGCGCCGGGAUCUCUGCAGUAGGCUGAGCGGAUCACAGCGACACACCAGCUCUCCUGGCCAUCAACAAGUUAGAGGCUGGGACAGAGAAUGGAGGGGGACGGUUUGAUCCUCAAUUAACCAAUCGGUCAGACAAUCGCAGUGGCGGAAGAAAAAGGAAAGGAGAACGAAGGAGAAAAAAAAAAAAAAAAAAGAGGAGGAGGGAAACCAGAAGCGUCUGCGUUCAGAGCCAGGGUGGCAAAUCAACAAAUUAAAAAGGAAAAAAAAAACUGAAGGAUUCCGGGGAGAAAGAAAUGCACCACUUUUGGUAAUCUGGGAUUAAAACUACAGAGGGAAAGAGGACUAUUAGAAUCCGACGACAUCAACCCGGGACAUGGAAUUUCUGAUUUUGUUUCAAUUGGGUGGGCUCAAGAGCAUCGUUGCUGCUUCUUCAUUUCAGAAAGAGAACAGCCUGAUUCCUUUUAUGAUUCCAACUCAAAAGGGUUUUUCAUUCCCCCCUCUGGAUUUGUGUUCCAUCUGGCUGCUUUGGGAGACUGCUGCGGAAAAGGACAGUUGAAUGCAGCCUCCGAUGUGCACAAAAGAAUGGGUUUCCAUUCAAGGUGGGCACUGGUGGGACCUGCACCACUGUGCCUGUGUGUGAUCAGCAUGCUGCUGUGCCUCCUGCCCCCUGCGUCCUGCACCACCUGUCCCCAGAAAUGCCGCUGUGAAGACCAGCAGUUCUACUGUGACACACAGGGGCUAGAGGCCCCCCCGGAGGGUGUUGACAGGGGGGCCCUGGGGUUAUCGCUGCGACACAACAGCAUCGCGGAGCUCAGCCCGGACCAGUUCUACGGCUUCUCGCAGCUCACCUGGCUUCACCUGGACCACAACCAGAUCACUACGGUGCAGGAGGACGCCUUCCAGGGGCUCUACAAGCUCAAAGACCUCAACCUGAGCUCCAACCGGAUCACCAAGCUGCCAAACACAACCUUCAUCCACCUCAUCAACCUUCAGAUCCUUGACCUGUCAUUCAACCAGAUGACCGCGCUGGAACCGGAGCUGUUCCAUGGACUCCGCAAGCUGCAGAUCCUCCAUCUGCGCUCCAACUCUCUGCGUACUACCCCCGUCCGGGCCUUCUGGGACUGUCGCAGCCUUGAGUACCUGGGUUUGUCCAACAACCGGCUGCGGAGCAUGGCCCGGAACGGCUUUGCGGGCCUCAUUAAGCUCAGAGAGCUUCACUUGGAACACAACCAGUUGACUAAAAUCAACCUGGCCCACUUCCCCCGCCUGGUGUCUCUGCAAUUCCUCUACCUGCAGUGGAACAAGAUCUCCAACCUGACCUGCGGGAUGGAAUGGACCUGGAACACCCUGGAGAAGCUGGACCUCACGGGGAAUGAGAUCCGGGUCCUGACCCCAGACGUUUUCGAGACGCUGCCCAACCUGAAGAUCCUGCUGCUGGAUAACAAUAAACUCGGCAGCUUGGACCCCUCGGUCCUGGAUAUGUGGGGGUCUCUGAGUACCGUGGGCCUGUCGAGCAACCUCUGGGAAUGUACCAAACGGAUCUGCUCCCUGGCCACUUGGCUGAGCACCUUUAAGGGGAGAUGGGAACAUUCCAUCCUGUGCCACACCCCCGAGUAUGCCCAGGGCGAGGAGAUACUGGAUGCCGUUUACGGAUUUCAGCUUUGUCAGAAUUUCACUGCGCCGCCGCCAGUAGUCUUGCCCACCAGCGCGUCUUCCAUGGCCACGGACGCCUGUUUAGGCACGACUGCAGAGGUCACCAGCUCACAGUUUGGAGUAAUGCAGCAGACACCCACGCAGGACUUCUACGCAGAGGAUUUUGGGAGCUUUACAACUGUGACGAGAACCACCGCCACCACGGCUCGCACCGCCCUGGCAACAACCGCCACCACGGUAGAGGGCGGAGGGGGCGGAGCCAGGGGGGUCACAGAGGACUUCUCGGAGAUAGACAACACAGUCUUAACACAGAGGGUGAUCAUUGGAACCAUGGCCCUUCUGUUCUCCUUCUUUCUCAUCAUUUUCGUUGUGUACAUCUCACGGAAGUGCUGCCCUCCGACCCUGCGCAGGAUACGCCACUGCUCGGCCAUGCAGAACCGCCGGCAGAUGAGGACCCAGCCACGGCAGCAAAUGGCGGACCUGGCCACGCAGGUACCCUAUAAUGAGUAUGAGCCCAGCCACGAGGAGGGGGCACUCGUCAUCAUCAACGGCUAUGGGCAGUGCAAGUGUCAGCAGCUGCCUUACAAAGAGUGUGAAGUAUAAACUUUAUUUAUUCCCCCAGCAGUAGAAACAUAUGGGUUGUUAGUCAUUCUGACCAUUUCAAACGAUACAGGGUUUUUUUUUUUUGUUGCUUUUCCCAGUUUAUAAAAAAAAAAUUAAUAGCAUAAUUUCUACUCGCUAGCUUUGAAAAAUGGAUGAGAUGAGUGGUGUGCGGUGAGUGGGAGAAUUAAUGACUGGUGGGCGGAAUGGACAAUGAAGAGAUGACUAUGACGUAAAUGAUAAUGAUGUAGUAGAGAUUCACACAUUUAUUUUUAUAUGAAUACAAGGUUGUUCAUAUCAAGCUGUGGGCAGUCAUUCUGCACAGGAAACUGUUUAGGAGGCUGUUUCUUAUAUAGUGCCCUAUUCUCUACACAGUGCUCUGGUCCAAAGUAGUGCACUUUGUGGCAAAUAGGGAGCCAUGGGGCGCAUUGCCAGGCUGAGAAUUGUCAACACUUUAAUAUUAGUCACAGUAUUCUGCAACACAGAAAAGAUAUCUUUAGCCAAAAUGUCUGGAGACUGAUCCCCUCGCUAGAGGCACCUACAUGAGACGGUUUUAACGACAGACACCGUGACCAGCAUCAUUUCCAAAUGGAAGUGGUUGUUAUAAAGCGUAAACGGGGAGGGGGGUGGGGUAAGUUUGAUCAUGAAGAAAACUGAGGUGCACGGUAGCCACAUUAGGUCACUAUCACAAUCACAUUUGGUUAAAGAAGUGAUUAAAUGGGGUUUGGUUGUUAAAUGAAAAAAAAAAAGAAAAAAACAUUUUUAUUCACAUUUGUUUUUUUGUUUUUAUUGGAAUUACUAUGAAUAUUGAAUAAAUGUUUAUUUAUAUAAAUGUCACAAUCUGAAUUAAAUCACCAACAGAAAAUUUAAACUGCUAAACAUUACUUGGUUGCCAUUUUCUAAAAAUGUUCAACUCCUCCCUCCCUCUGUCUCGAUUUAAAUAGGACCUUUAAAUUCUGGUCAAUGAACACCUCAUGAUCACCACCUUGUUUCAGGAUUUAAUUUGAUUCAAUAAAGUCCAUUGCCUCCCAUUAAAUGUAAAAGCUUAGCACUGCACGUGGAAAGGUUAAUGUCCAAUAUGCCGCAGCACCCGCAUAGCCAAACCAUCUAGAUGUCUCUCAGAUAGGACUUGAAGUGGAAACAUUUCAGCUCCUAAAUGGAAACUCAUUCACUAUCAUUGCCCAGUGGAUGGAGAAAAGGAGGGGCAGCACAUAUGGCAUUAAGAGAUUCUAAAAAGACCAUUAAAAUACACCAUUGGCAGUACAACGUAGUUUAACUGUGUUCUACUGCAGUUCAUCCAUUAUUUGACAAUUCUGAUAACUACUAGAAAAACAAACUAUAAAAUACACAAAAAAAGCCAAAGGUCUUAAGAGGGUACAGUAGCAGUGUGUAGCCAACUGUCUGAUUAGCAAAGUCGCGAAUGCUGUUUCGCUACUUCGGCAGGCCUAGUUCUGAACCUGGUUGACCACCACACGGCUGAGAACCAGGUACCACAGAUGUGUUUACCGAUGCGAAGCACUAAACACACCAGGGGCCAACACUCACACUAGAAGUUUCUGGCGAGGUAGCAAAGGCUUAUUUCAAACUAGUAAAGAGUGAAAGUAAUGAACAACCAGAAAUCCAUUCUGCUCUGCACAGUCUCCCUGUCAUCCUGAAAAUACAUUUGUCCCAAGAGGAGUGCCAGUCUUGUUAAGAGCUCUACGCAGCACCAGCGACCCUAAUCAGCUCUGACAGCAGCAAGAUUGAACCAAUUAAGGACAGGCAAAAAGAAUCUCAUAUUCUGUCGCCCAAACCAGUGAUCCAGUAAGAAUUCUCUUGCUACUGCUGCUGGUCGGCAACUCAAAAACAGCCUUUAGAAAUAUCGUCCUUCACUCACCACAUCAAACUAGAGCAGUCAUCUUGGUAUACCUCUCUGAGAGUGACUGUCAAACCAGGCUGAAAUUUCCCUUAUUGUCAAAGGGGGUUGAGAUAGAAAGACAAGAAAGCAAAAAAACUGAAACAGGUCAAAAUACAAAUGGAGAGAAAGAGGAUGACGUGUGAACAUUCCUGAGCACAAUAACAUUUUUGUUAAACUGCUGAGAAUCUCCAGAGAGGGCAGAGUCAAAGUGAGGCUGGGGCUCAGUGCCGAGGCAGAGAGGAGUGAGGCUGGGGGCUCAGUGUCGAGGCAGAGAGGAGUGAGGCUGGGGCUUAGUGCCGAGGCAGGGUCAGCACAUAUUGGUAUGCAGCACAGAGAGGAUGUGCAUUAGCAUCAGACUAAAGCUGCAGCUCGCCUCGAUCCCUCAGCUCUUUGUGCUCUGUUUGGACAGUGGGGGGCAGGGAGCAAGAGCGCGAGCGAGCGGGAGGCAGGGGAGGGGGAGAGAACGGGUAGAAGGGUGGGGGAGAUAGAAAUGGAAGAAUGAGGAGGGAGGCAGAGAGGUUAGGAAGGUUACCAGGUUAAUGUCUUGCACCUAAGGCAACGAGCAUCCUUCUGGACAGGUAGUGUUAUUCUACAUGGCCAAGAUGAAGGGGAACGCGAGAAGGGCGGCGCACAUCUCCCACCUAGAGCACACAUCACCUCCUCACAUGGAGCGCUCCAUAUGGGUGAUAGGACACCGUUUAGGACACGGGAACCAAUAUGACAAACAUCCCCAAGGAAGCUGUGACCAGGAACAAAGAAAUGACAGCUAAGGCCAGACGUCACCCUGGCAGGAAAACCCAAUGACUUGCGUUCCGUCCCUCCAAGAGAAAUCUAAAAAUCAACAAACUGAAAUAAUGAAACCGGGGGAGAGAGAGCGCGCAAGAGAUAGAUAAAAAUUUAGUUAAGUAUGACAGCUUAGGAAUUGGCAUGGGCUCAGACUUGCCAUUUGUUGUGCUGCUCGUGGCCAACGUCUAUUAGAAAAUAGGGGGAGUUGUUAUUUAGUCGCCCAUCGAUAAAGCUUGGAGUUUAAGUAAACAGGGGGAGAGUCUUGGACAGGAUAUAGGAUGUGUGCACAGGAAGACUGGCCAGCCAGGGCUCUGCUCGACUCAAGUUAUUGGGGAUGGGAUGUGAGGAGGGCGGCGUGAGGGGAGGAAGAAAGCCCCUAGAGGGCGCUGUAAAGUGCCAUCUGUGUUGAAUAGGCCUUUCUUCUGAGUCAAGCCAACAGAACACAGGCUUUGACUUAGAGCAUCUAAAACGUAUGCAUCCCAAACGGUACCCUAUUCUAGUGUGCUACUUUGGACCCGAGCCCUAUGGGUUUUUGCAGGUCCUUUUUAAUUUUUUUUUUAGAAAAGGUUUUGGAAUAAGAACUUAAGUCAGAAGCGGAAAGUUUUGGUUUUUUUACUACACCAUACCAUGACUUCCCAUUUUGAUGUAAAAAAAUUAAUUACAAAAUAAGAAUCCUACCAAGGCUAAGAACCGCUUAGUUGUCUUUUCCAAAAUGUCUUGCAUGUUCAACAGAAGUCCAAGCUGUCACACAGAUACCAUGUUCAGUGGAGGACAGAAGCCCUAUUUCUAAACAGAAGGCCCUUAUGGAUGGACGGGAGGAAGUCAAGAGCGUAAAUGCUAGCACAUUUAUAGGGGGGAGAAAAAUGUUGGAAAAACCUUUGACAUCCGCACCGUAAAAAUAUUACAUACAGCUUAAGUGAUUUAAUUGACACCACAAUUUGUAGAAAUAUGCACUCCGGCUUUCUGUCAAGUCAGUGUUAUUUGGGUUUUUAUCUUCUUGUCACUCUAAAGCCCUGCUCUCACUCCACCUACAGAUCCAUCUCACGCCACCGCCACCUACCCCUCCCCGGUAACCUCUUUGUGCAAAAUGAAUGCUUUUAUCUUCUUUUUUCCUUUUGUAUUGUAAUAUGUACAAUUUCAUAUCUGUAUAGUGGGUAAGAUGUGGCAAAACUGAAAAAAAAAAAUCUUUUUUUCCCUUAAAACAUAUAUUUUUAAAUAAAAAUGGUUACAAUUAAUUUGUUGGGUCUGAUUUUCCCACCGUCUUAAUGGUUAUGGGGAUCCAUUAGCUCCUGCUCAGGCAGCAAGCACCUCUCCAGUGGUCCCCACAAACACACAGCCCAAUAUAACACUUCACACCACAAUUUUCCUGUGUGGAUAAACACCAUCAAGUACGUAAUUAAAAGCAUGAACAACAAAUAAUAAUAA